UGGCUGACAAUGGACGUGGGUUCCUGGCUUUGCCCGUUAUGCGGGUGAUUACAAUUCAAUUAAUAAUUUUGUUUUUUUGUAUAAUAUUUGAAGCCGAAGUAACAGCUACAAUCUUGUCAGCUGUUCCUACUGUGGAUGUCGAACCUGUCAUAAACGGGCGUUCCAACGUAGUGUGUGGAGCUGAAGAAUUUGUGUGUGGAAACACGACCCGCUGCAUAGAACGCAUCAAGCACUGCGACGGGAUCAAGCAUUGCGAUGACGGAGAGGAUGAAGAUGGAUGCGCGGAUGCUCACGGAAGCUUGGAUUCUCUCGUCAAAGCAAUCAAAGAACACGGAGAACUUAAAGAUGUUAUAUUCGACAAAUCGUUGGAUAACUGCAGCCUGGGCGAAAAUGUACCACCAUUUUGCGAAUGCAGAUUUUACACUUUUUUGUUCUGCGAAAACCACAACUUGACAUCUGUUCCUAAAGGCAUUGGAAAUUCCAUUACCAAAUUGGCCCUGACCAAUACCUCACUCCGAUCAUUACCGGCAGGGGCGUUUUCGGAAUACAAAGGAUUGAAAAUAAUACAUAUCGAGGGGAAUGUCAUACGAGUUUUAAGUCCUGGACCUUUUUCAGAAAUGUCAAAUGUUACAUUUUUACAAUUAAUGAAAAAUCAAAUUGAAAUAAUUGAGCCUGGAGCUUUUAAAGGACUUGAUAAUCUUCGUUGGCUUCUCCUGCAAAACAACCACCUCAAAAAACUGAAUAUGUCAGUCUUGGAAGACAUACAGUCGAUUGAAGUCUUAGAUUUGACGGACAAUAGAUUGACUCAGCUUGGAACGUUUCCACCACUCGACAAGCUAUUUUGGCUAGGUCUGGGAAAUAACAGAAUUGAAAGAAUAGCAAAAUCAACAUUCAAGGAACUUGCAUCCCUAGAAGUGUUGAUAUUAAAAGAAAAUGUUAUAGAGGAAAUUGAAGAAACAGCAUUUUCUUCUUUAGAAACACUGCUAGAACUCGACAUUUCUCACAAUCGAUUGAAGUAUCUCAAACCAAAGCUCUUCUACAAGUUGAGGAAUUUAAAUAAAUUGAAUCUAGAAUUCAAUCUUAUUACCUCUUUACCAAUGGGAAUCUUCAGAGGAUUGGACGUGCUGAAAUCUUUAGACCUUCAAGGCUUAGAUAUUCACAAUAUUGAUAUACAAAUGUUCCACCCACUGACAGAGCUCAAAUUUAUUUAUUUCAAGAAGUUUCUGUACUGCAGUUAUGCUCCUUACGUUCGCAUCUGCACUCCUAAGACUGACGGACUUUCGUCCACAGAGCACUUAUUAGUGUUUCCAGCACUGCGUAUGUCCGUUUGGUUUGUUGCCCUGAUGACUUGUGCUGGCAAUACUCUGGUUCUUUCAUGGAGAGUUCUUUCGAGGAAAGAAGAUAAAGUCCUCAGCUUAUUUAUUAAGAAUCUUGCAUUUGCUGAUCUCCUGAUGGGUAUUUAUCUUGUAGCUAUUGGCUCUCAAGAUUUGUCAUUUAGAGAUAGCUAUAAUAAGUACGCACAUGCAUGGAUGACCAGCAAUGCAUGUAACGCCUGUGGAAUACUCGCUAUGGUUUCCAGCGAAGUGUCAGUUCUCAUCCUGUCAUUAAUCACAAUCGAAAGGCAUCGCUGCAUCCGAACCAAUGUCCGAGUGAUAACAGUCUCUGGUGCUAGGUUCUGCCUGGCCAUCGUUUGGAUUAUUGGCUUUACUUUAGCACUCAUUCCAAUUUUUAAAUGGUCAGAAGAAAAAGGCUUUUAUUCCAGUAACGGACUUUGUUUCCCGUUGCACAUUGAUGAUGCGUACAAUCUUGGAUAUCAGUAUUCAGCAUUCAUCUUUUUUGGUAUCAACUUCACAGCAGUCAUGUUAAUCAUUUCUUUGUAUGCCAGUAUGUUUUACACCAUCAAGCGAGAUCGUGAAUCUGCACGGCCCGUCAUACUUAAGAAGCACGAAGAUACUGUUUUGGCCUUUAGAUUCUUUUUCAUUGUGUUGACUGACUCACUUUGUUGGAUUCCUAUCGUCAUUAUAAAACUCUUGGCUCUCGCAGGAGUUACUAUUUCACAUAACUUAUAUGCAUGUGUUGUCGUUUUCAUCUUGCCGAUUAAUAGUGCUUUAAACCCAGUCCUUUAUACUAUCGCGGCACCUACGGAGCUCAGAAGGAAAAUUGAAAGAUGGCUGCAGAGAGCUUUCAUAUGGCUGCAACGAUUUGAUUGCAUAAUAAAAUCAAGUAAAAGUGUAUCCAAUUCCUCCAGUUUGACAAGAACUGUCACUACACAAGAAACUCGAUACAUACCAACGUCUUCUGGUGGAGAACUUGAACUCUGCAUUACAGCAAUUUAAAGUGUAUUCCUGUGAGCAAAUAACGUUUGAAUAUUUAUUGUUCGAUCCUACACUUUGCGUCAUUGAGUGUUCAUUUGGCAAAAUGUGAAAAAAAAUUGUACCAAACACAGAAGAAAUGUGAAGCACAACCUCAUUCAAUGUUUUUUGUCAGCUCAG